AUGAGCGACCCAGAAGAUCUAGAGGACGGUGAGAUCGAAGAUGAUGAGGACGAUGUGGUGCAGCCGGUGGAUCCUCCGCUGAUUCCGCCCACCCCGAAUGACUAUCAGGAGCAUGAACCGAAGCCCGGUGACCAGCAGCAAAGCUCGGAAGUGGAAGCCAAGCCGGCUCCGGAAGCUAAUCGAAGCGGAAGUAGCAACCGCGAGCACCAGCACACGAACCAUGGGAACAAGUCCUCGCGUUCUUCCAGCAAACCCCCACCGGUGGUGGACGAUUGGGCGACAAAGGUCGAGAAUGCGAUCGCAAACGCACUCAUAAAGGAUGGUGUACAGCCACCGAUGCCGUCCUCGAUCAUCCACCCGAACGAGGCAGAGGGUGAGGGGCAUGGGCCGGUUUCUUCCAGCCGACGGUCGAAGAAGCGCAAGAAACCAUCCCGUGGAAGUGGCGGUGACCAUCACCACCACGUGGCCAAGCAGCCGAGGAUCACGGAGCUUGGCAACGAGACUGAGGUGGAUCUGGAGUAUGAGAUGUUGAACGUUCGGGGUAGUAGCCCCCAGGCCAUACAGGGGGUGGCGGGAGGUGGCCGGGAAUCGGGCCACUCCGAGUCGGAGGGAGAAGAUACUCACUACUCGUCGGAUGAAUCGGGAGCGCGCGAUCGAGACGGGCAUUUCCGGGCUGGAAGUGGUAGACGGGACCGGGAAACCCGUGAGCGGGAUCAGCGCGAACGGGAGCGAGAACGCGAUCGAGAACGUGAACGGGAGCGGGAGUAUAAUCGGAAAAAGCGGAAACAACAGCGCCAGCGGGGCAACAACAAGACUAAUCGGGAUGGCCGGAAACGCAAGCGCGAUGACUCGGAUGAUGAAAAGCACCGACCGACCGGUCCUCGUAAGAUGGAGUUGUGUAAAUUUUACCUAAUGGACUGCUGCGCUAAGCGCGAAAAGUGUCUCUACAUGCACAAGGACUUCCCGUGCAAAUACUACUAUCUUGGCCUGAAGUGCAAGGAUAAGGACAAGUGUCUCUUCAGUCACGGCGAGGCGCUUUCAGACGAUCUGCGGAUGAUUCUGCUCAAGCACUUGGAGACGGCCCCGCAGGAGAUUUUGGGCGAUUUCCAGCGUAUCAGCCGGGACAAUGCGAUCACGAUGUUGAACGCAACGCAGCGCCAGCUGCUCGACCGGUACGGUAACAAGGGUGACACCUCGGCAAGGGGUGGUGGUGGUGGUGGUGGGAAAAUCCCUUCCCUGCUCGACGUGGUGACGGUGCAGCCACCCGGCAGCAUGCACAGUCCGAAAAAUUCGCGCAAAUCGCGCUGGUGUGACACCCGGCAGGACGACGAUCGCGGACGGUCGAGCGACGGUGAACCGAUGGGUGAUGCAGACGACGGGGAUGUUAUGCGGCAGCUGGCCGGUGUCAUAACGCCCGCCCAGAUAAGUGACCUCGAGCAGAUGGGCAUCCGGACGCUGGAUGAGAUCAGUCAGCUGACGGUGGCGCAGCUGAACGAGCUGGGAUUGAGCAUUACGCAGAUCCACGAUCUGCAGGUGCGUGCGAUGAACGUGCAGAAGCAGUUGAUGAGUGGCAAGCAACGGCAGGUGGCCCAACCGGUGAAAGAUCUCGAUCUCCGGAUGUUGCCGGGCGCGAUGGAGGCCACGGAAGCCGCCAGCGUGGCUGAGCAGCAUCAGCACCCGGCAACGGGUGGUAACAAGAAAGAUGUGGACAUGCGAAUUCUUCCACCGGAACCGGAACCGGAACGAGCGGGAACCGGCAACGGUGGCGGUGACGAGGAGGAGGGUGGAUUGCUCCAUAAGCCACCGACCGUCGAUUACUCGCAGUACAUCAAGGACUCGAACCUGGAUGAGGAGGACUUGGAUGCGGUGGCCGCUGACUCAAGCUGUUUGCUAAAUGAUCCGGAAGAGGACGACGACGACGACGAUGAGAACAAUCUGAAGAUCAGCAUCGAGGAGGACGAGGAGGACGACAAGAAGAAGGACUCUGAAGACUCCUUGGCGAUGCGCCAGGACACGGUUGGUCGUGGGGUGGAAGCGGAAACGGGAAAGAUUUCACCACUUCCUCCGCUCGUCCCACCGAAGAUCGAUUACGCGCAGGGUCUCGGCGAUAUCCUGAGCGCGUUUGGUGGCGCAACCGACAAAUCUGCUCACCGUUCCCCGAAUGUUUCGCCACGAGCGCAUCGAUCACCAUCACCGGUUGGCAAGGAUGCACCAUUGCCAGGACUCUCGGACGUUUGGACCCCCUCUAUGGCGGAUUCAUCGAGUGCAAUUGUAACGGGAUCUUCUAUCGGGAUUCCAACGCAACCCAUGAAACCAUCCGGAAAGACAAACUCGUCAAAACGAUCCGGUGGUUCGUCGAUCUACGAUUGGUACAGCUCCGAUAACGCAUCGUCCCCGGACGCUGAAGGAAGAAACUCCCCGUUGGGAGGAUCGCUCCGGUACGGUUCUAACACACUGUUGCCGCUGGAUCUUGGGGAAAGCGAUCUGUACGGUAGCACCACCGGAAGUACCGGUGGUGGUGAAGCUUCCAAUGAGUUGGGCUUCCCGUUUAAGUCGAUGAUGGCUAACUACGUGCCGGCGACGGAAAUCGACGGCUCAAUCGGAUCGCACGCACCGAUCCACUACAAGGUAUUUAUGGUCGAUGUUCCACGGCCCAACUUUGGUCCACUUCGUCGGUCGAUGACGCGCCCAAUCGGCACCAAAGAUCCCCGGUUGCGGAGGUUGUUUGGACUGCAAAGUGACGACGAUAAUGAUGCGGAUGAUACCAGCGAUGGCAUUAAAUCCCCCGAUGCCAAUCCAGUUGCGUCUCCACUUUACGGGAUGGGUUCUCCCAGGAGCCUCCAUGGGACCGCCUCGCUUCCUGCUGCUGCGGUCACUCCCACCAGCAAACCACCCGCGAUUAGCAGUGGUCCCCGGGUGGACCCACGCAAGCGUCACGCGGAAAAACAACAACUUGAGGCCGCCCAGCAACAGCAAUCCUUUGGUUCACUAAAGACCGCAGGCCCGCCGGCUUCCAACACGCCCCAAAUCGACGUGCAAGUGAUCCUGCAGAAGUCACUCUGGUACAAGGAUCUCGGCUCAAAGCACAAGAUCAUGGUGAACCAGCAGCUCGCCAUCCUGUCGACGGAGAUGAAGAAGUACCACAACUCCGACCGCUCGACGGAGCACCUGAGCGAGUUCAUGAAGUUUCUCGGUACGAACAACAUGCUUCAGCACAUCCUCACCUGCCUGAACGUGUUCGUCGACGACUCGGUGACGUUCUGUGAGGUUCCGGUCGUACCGAACCUACCACCGCCCAAUAUUUCCCUCCCGCCGAACAUUCCACCACCCGCAAUGGGCGGACCGGUGCCAUCGAUGCAACAGUUACCGAGACCGGUGCACGUGCCACCACCACAUGGUGGAAUGGGUGGUGGUCGAGGUGAUGGUGGAGGAGGAGGAGGAGGAGGUGGACCUCACAUGUCGCUACCGUCUCACCAGGGCAACGUGCCACCGAUGUUCCUCGGAGGGAACGGACCCUUCGGUCAACCGGAUCAACCCACAUCGAUGAUCCGGCCCGGGUUGCUCGGUGUAUCGCCCAACAUGCCGUUCGAGCAGUUCCUGGCGAUGGGCAACAUUAACAAGAACGACAACGGCGGUGGAGGGGGAGGAAACAAUGGUCCGCUGCCACCGUGGGUGCAAGGAAAUGGCAACAACAUGCGCAACAUGCGCAACAACAACCGCGUGGGGCACAACUUCCGCAACAAUAACGACCGAUGGAAUAACAAUGGUGGGGGAGGGGGAGGAGGUGGCCCGCCGAUGGGUGGCAACAAUCGUCGGAAUAACAACCGCCGGAUGGAUCGGAAAAAGUAG